AUGGCACCCAACAACAUCGUAGUCCUGGGAGCCGGCGUCUCAGGCCUCACCACCGCCUACCUCCUCUCCAAAGAUGCCUCCAACUGCAUCACCGUGGUCGCCAAACACAUGCCCGGGGACUACGACAUCGAGUAUGCUUCUCCCUGGGCCGGCGCCAACUACGUUCCAGUGGGCCAGAGUAACCCCGUCCAUGAGACCCGGGAACGGAAUACAUGGCCUGUCUUGAAAGAGCUGGCUGAGAAGCAUCCUGAGGCAGGCAUUCACUUCCAAGACUUAAUCGGCUACAUACGCAAGACCGACGAGGGCUCCUCGAACAGCCCCCCCGCCGCAGCAAUCACACAGCCAUGGUUCAAGGACGUUGUCCCAGAUUUCUGCGAGGUUCCUCAAAACCAACUCCCCCCCGGAAUCGCCAGCGGCAGCAAAUUCACCUCCGUCUGCAUCAACACCGCAAUCUACCUCCCCUGGCUCGUCAGCCAAUGCCUGCGCAACGGGGUAAUCUUCAAACGCGGGGUACUUCCCCACAUCGCAGACGCCGCAAACGCACACCACACCGGCCAGCGCGCGACCCUAGUAGUUAACUGCACCGGCCUCUCCUCCAAGACCCUCGGCGGCGUCACCGACAACAAACUCUACCCCGCUCGCGGCCAAAUCGUCAUCGUCCGCAACGACUCCGGCGCAAUGGCCGCCAUAUCAGGCGGGACGGAGGACGGUCCGGACGAGCUAAGCUACAUGAUGACGCGGGCGGCCGGGGGCGGCACCGUGCUAGGCGGGUGCUACCAGAAGGACAGAUGGGAGUCGACGCCAGAUCCUAACCUCGCGGUGCGGAUCAUGAAGCGUGCUGUGGCGCUGCGGCCGCAGUUAGUUGGCGAGGGGCAGGGCAUUGAGGGGUUGGAUGUUGUGAGACAUGGGGUUGGGCUGAGGCCUGUUAGGGAGGGAGGCACGCGGAUAGAGGUAGAGAGGGUGGAUGGGGUGGCCGUUGUGCAUAAUUAUGGGCAUGGGGGGUUUGGGUAUCAGGCUUCGUAUGGGUGUGCGGGGGAGGCGGUUGCUUUGGUGAGGGGUGUGCUGCGGGAGGCGAAGUUGUAG